AUGAAAGUAGAAAAGGAUGGCUGGGUGGCACCAAAGGACAAUUCUGGUUAUUACUGGUUCUGGCAAUGUGGAGACUGGGUGGAUGUAGUGAUAGAUGACCGGCUGCCAUUCUUAAAUGGAAGAUACCUGUCUGUACAGCCUCGAACGUCAAAUGAAUUCUGGCCAUCCUUGCUGGAAAAAGCUUAUGCCAAGUUGCGGGGCUCCUACCAGAACUUGCAUGGAGGCUACCUUUCUGAUGCAUUAGUAGACCUCACAGGUGGUGUCCAAGCACAGCUUUCAUUGAAGGAUCCCCCUCCUGAUCUGGAGGAAAUACUGAAAGCAGCUGACAAGUCUCGAUGUCUGAUGGGGUGUAGCACCUCAGGUCAGAUGAAGAGGAACAUAGAGCUGAAGAACGGGAUUGUACAAGGUCAUGCCUACACUGUCACAGGAGCUGUGAAGAUACCCUACAAGAAUGGCUGGAAACAUAUCAUCAGGAUCUGGAACCCAUGGGGCCAUGGGGAGUGGAAGGGGCCCUGGAGUGACACCUCUCCUCAAUGGGACCGUGUUGAACCUCAAUACAGAGAAGCCCUCCUCAGAAACAAGGAUGAUGGAGAAUUCUGGAUGUCCUGUAAAAACUUCCAGGAGCAUUUUUCCUGGCUGUAUAUAUGUAACAGCACCCCAACGUUUCUGGACUUUGGAGAUCAGCGCUGCACAAAGUGGUCUGUGGACAGGCACAUCAACCUGUGGCGUCCAGCCCUUGCCGCAGGCAGGAGCAACUAUUCCCCAGGUGCAGCUUCAGGCAACCCUCAGUACUUUUUCAAAGUGCCAGAUUAUGACCCCAAAACCUAUAAUGUAGUCAUUUCACUCAUGCAAAAACAUACUGAGGAUAUGCAGGAUGCAAAAAACCUGAAGAUUGGCUUUUUGCUCACUAUGGAUGUACCAAGACAGAACGAGGACAGCUCCUAUAAGGCUGUCUUCCUGAGAUACACUAAGCAGGGCUCAGAUAUUGAUGCCUUGCAGCUGCAACAACUCCUUAAUGAAGUGAUCCUUCAAGAAAAUCAGAAUAAUAUUCACAUGAAGAAGGCAGUGCAACCCAAACGAGCUGCUAACGGACUUUUUAAUGCAUGGCUGUCAGCAAUGCUGUGCAUCUGCUUUGAGCCAAAAUUUGCCCUCCACUCCCCCUCCCCAUCUGCUAAGGAUAUCUUCAGCAAGGCAGACAGGAACCAUUCUGGAUUUCUUGAUGUAUCUGAACUGAAGAGCGCGAUACAGACAGCAGGUCUGGCAGCUGACGAGCAGCUCCUGCGGCUGCUGGCCAUGCGGUACGGCGAUGGGGCCGGCAGAGUUGGCUUCUCCGACUUCGUCUGCUGCAUGCUGCGCCUUGAGACCAUGACCUUUAUCACUUUACAGAGGUUUAAUGUGGAAUACGUUUCUCCAACUUUUCACCUCAUUGUGAAUGAGAUUGUUACAGGCGAGGAUAAGGGUGCCAAGUGGGAAUAA